UCUCGGGGCCGAUUACUCUCUCGCUCGCUCGCUCUCGCCAACCCAGACAAGCAAAACCCCCCUGGUAUUCCCCUGGUCCCGUGCCUAGCCGGACCCAUCAAUAGCACGGGUAAAGGUAGCAUGGUGUUCUCUUUGCGUAGGAUGGCUUCGAGAUAG